UAAACCAUUUUUGCAGACCUGAUUUGAUCUAAUACAUCUGUGAAAUAAAUAAGAAAGUUCUUUAAGUGGUGAGAACUGAAAAUUUGCAUCACAUAAAAUCACACCACUCGACUCAGGCUGCUCUUAAACAGGCAUGGACGCUAGUGGCUGACAAAACAGGAAAGGACACGCAAUGAAGGGGAAUGGGUGGGGAUGACUUUCUGACUGUUUUCCACUACUUUAUUCAUCACACUAAACACUGUUAGACAGACAUGCAAAGAGCAGAGUGUUCCAGCGACUGACUGACUGACUACUGGAAAACAUAAUUACACAAACUUGCAGGACUGAAGAAAACAUCUCCUCGUUUUUGUCAUAUGGGAAAACACGCCACAAACUGAGACGCGGCUGCUGCCAGAAAGCUCAAGAAUAAUGGAUCCCAGGCGGGGCAGAUGUAACAGCCUGGACGCACUGUCAGUCUGUGACAGGGAGGUGAUGAACCCGAGCGAUCAUGUGACCUUUGACGCCGAGGGCUCCGACCCGGCGGUCAACCUCGAGCCUUCCCCCGCAGAACUGGCUCAGUGUGAGGCUGAAGUGGGAACCCUGCUCAGCAUCAUCGCUGAACUGAACAAGAAGAUGGGUUCACUAAAGGCACCGAGUGACCCAGGCGAGAGGAGACUAUCAGGUCCGUCCAGGCCUCUGGUUCCAGACCUCCUGUCUCACCGUGUGGUCAGAAGCAGCUCUGAGAGCAAUGCUGCCUUCACUGCCAUAUCUAAACCUCCAACGCCGGACCGAGGGGGCGGUGGCGUCGUCUGGUCAAAGCUGCAGGAGGUGCUGUCUUCGGUGGAGGACUCCAUCAGCUGUCGGAGGACCUGGGCCGCCCCCAUCACAGCCUCAGACCAGGACAGGCAGAAAGAGCACCUGAGAGCAGCUCAGGAGAACUGGGUUAAAGCCACUCAGAUACUGGAUGAGAUGGAAAGAGAGUUUGGGAUUUCGUGCCCAUUAGGCCUGCCAAAGGAACAGUACCAGGACGACAUGGUGGAUGUUGAAAAACGGGAGUCAGCUGCUCUGAGAAACGCCUUACAGAGUCACCAGGAGGAGCUGCAGAGAGCGCAAAGCCACGUGAGCCCGGCGGAGGAGGAGAAGAAGCUGGCCGGGCUACAUAAGGCCUGGAGGUCCGGCAGUCACUCUCCUUCGUACCGGCCGACUUCUGGGGCCCUUAGUCCGGACUGGGCCUCCCCUCCCUACCCCGGUUCACCUUUACUCCACAGAAGAACAGCCAGAGCUUUGACGCCUCUGUCUGUGGGAGUGGAUGGCUCCCCACUGGGCUCUGUUCACUCAGGCAGUCCCUGUCCGAGCCCCAUCAACCUGGAGUCUGAGACCGAUCGACUGAACAGAUGCAUCGAGAGGCUGAAGGCCAGAAAUGAACGUCUGACUGCAGCUCUGGAGCGAAGGAAGGGAGAGUCGGAGCAGAUCAGUAUCACGGUGAACAGGCUUGAGAGCGACUGCGCGGCCCUACAGAAGGCUCUGAGAUACUGCGAGGAGUGUGAGGAGGCCUACGGCGAGCUGCUGUCGCUUUACGAAGCCAAGAAACAGCAAAGCAUUCCUCUGCAGACAGACCCAGCAGAGCCACUCGGUGACAGUCAGCAGGCCGACAGCCCGUCGGCUCAGCCCUGGAAAAUGGGAACCGAAGAGCUGUCCACCUCCUUCUCCACGGCAGGGGACACGGGGGAGGCGGAGGCACCGAGUCGCACGGGGCAGAGGACACCUGAGCCGGUGGACCGGGAGGCAGCUCUCCGGCAGCAAAUUGAGCGUCUGAAAAGGGAGCGGGCGGCCAUUUGCCUCCCUAAACCGAGUCCAGACGCUGGUCAUCUGGGUGGAUCGAGAUGGGGACAUGUGACCAAAGAUAACAUCAAACCUCCUGAGACGAAGAAGGAGAAGGCCUCCCUGUUUCAUGAACUCAUCUCAGUCAGGGAGGAGAUGUCAGAUCUGCGAGCUCUAAUCCGCCUCAAGGAGAAAGAGCUGAGGAGUUUGGAGUGGAGUUUAAUGGGCCAGAAGGCUCAGGAAGCAGCGGGAGUUUUCGUCCCGGAAAACCUCAGAGAGGAGGCGGAGGGUCGCGGUAGAUCUGAACAACAGAGGCUCUGUGAGGUUACGGCACGGCUCAGUUGUGAUGGGGAAAUCACGGAUCCUCGAGCCAGGCCCAUUCUGAAAGAGCUGCAGGCUGUCCUACAGAGGGAGCAAGCCCUGAAGAAGAGGCUGGCCUUGGUCCAGGACUCUCUGAACACCGCCCUCUCAGACGGCGGCUCCCACAGGAGGGACAACGGAGAGCAGAUAGCUCGGCUCACGCAAGCCCACAGCAAAGCCUUGAGUUCGUACCGGCAGAUUCGCAGGAAGUAUCGGGAGCAGGUGUGGAGGCUGGAGCAGAAAGUGGCGGCCAUGAUGGAGAGUCAACACAACCAGAGCGCAGCCACAAAAGCUGCUGGGGAGGGCACGGAGUGGAGGAGGGAGGAGACUGUUUUAUAAGACAUGAGUGGCUCUUUCAAACAUAUCUGUGAAAGUUCUCAGUCAUCCAGGGCAUAGUAUACUGUAUAUAUAAGGACUGGUGGAGGAGUUGGGGUUUAAAUCAGGGGUCUUCAACGUUUUUCAGGCCAAGGACCUCAAACUGAUGGAGUGGUUAAGUAGGGACCCCCUUAUCUACUAUAUGUGUUCUAUUUAAACUUGGCCUAGUGCUAUUUAUAAAAUAUACACCAUUAUAAUCAUUUAGCAUUCAGGCUAUUUAAAUAAUACACAGGUUCAAAUAUUCAUUUUUUUUCAAAUGUACAACAGUAGAGUGACAGAUAAUUGGCAGAUUAAAGUUUUAACUUUAAACAUAACGAAAAAUAUUAGGGACAGUGAGUAACCACAACGUUUUGUCCUCAGUAGUUGUAGCUGAUGGGAAUAAGCUACACUGUUAGCUUCUCUUCUGCUAAUAUUGCAACAUGCAUCUGGGAUUUCCCCUGGGGUUUGGAAAGGCUCUCGGCCAAUUGCAGGGAACCUGACAGAGUCAGUGUGUAAUAUGCGGCCUUGUGAUUGGCUGAGCAGUGACAGGGGCGGGGCCUACUGUGUACGGGAGGUUUAGGUUGACAGGUCUCAACUACUGUGGCGUGGUGUGUUUAAAGAAAUUUAAUUUUGGGGAGAAAAUUGUGGGUGAAAAUGAAAAAUAUAUAUAUAUAUAUAUAUAUAUGUAUAUAAAAAUGUCUAAUCAACCAAAGAUUAUGCGACCCCUCUGCAGUAUCUAUGCAGAACCCCUAGGGGUCGCAGACCCCUUGUUGAAGACUUACGGUUUAAAUAGACACAUCUGUGAGAGUUGCCGAUCAGAAAGUCACAUGACUAGUAACUCUUAACAAGUAGAUACUUACCUGUCGUUGAAAGGGACUAAACUUUUGACAACUCUUUAAAAAAAAAAAAAAAAAAAAUCUGCUUUUUUUCUAUUAAAUAUAGUUAAUUUUUCUGGCCUUGUGGAGAAAUGUCUAUUUAUCUACAAGCUCAUUCAUCCACAGCAGCAGUCUUUGACUUACAAAGGAAGUACAACUCUGAAAAAAACUAUUUGAAUUCUGCCUUGCCUGCCUUUCAACCAAUAUCCUGAAUAAGAUCCAGCUCUUAACUUACCUAACAGGACUCACGCGUCACGAGACACAUUCCUUAUUUUGGAGAAACAGCUGUCACGCAGUCAUGAAUUUCUAAGGCCGACUCAAGGACUGAACCCACUGAGGACCUCGGGACUGACCUCGACAGCGCACAUGUCCAUUUUCCCGUAAAAGCCAACUCCAUAAAGUCACUCUUGGCCGGCUGUGCUCUUGUGAGAAAAAAAAAAAGAGGGGGGGUUGGGGCUGGAACAAUGUGCUCUCAAAAUGUACCGAGAGCUCAUUUGUCUUCUUUUGCACCUUUGUAGAGUUCUGUUCAAGGGUCAGUCCACCCAAAUUUAAAAACAAAACACAUUUUCUCACUUAUCUCAAGUGAACGUGCAGAUAGUUUUUGGAGCUCUUUUAGACUUAUGCUUUCAUCCCUAACACAUGCUCCUUCAUCACAGAGGAAAUUCAAUACAUGUGACCGGUUAUUAGCACCUAACGUGUCUCAGUGGGAGACGGUGGCGUUGGGGCUUAGCGCUGCAAACACGGCAGAAAAUGCUUGUGAGAUUUAAGAUCUAGAGCUGGAGCGACUUGGAAGAAACUACAACAAAAGAAAAAAAAAUGCAACCACAACCACAGAAAACAGCGUUGGGAUAUGUUAUUCAAAUUGACCUAGCAAGGCAGUGAUGCAAGGAGGAGACGGGAAAAGUCUUGGCUUGUAGCCACCAAACAAGACUUGACAAGAAACUGGCUCCUCACCCAGUUGAACACUGCACAAAUAGACAGUCACCAGGAUAUUAUGUAUUUUAUUUCAUGUAAUUUUAACUUCUCCCUUAAAUCUCUCAAACGUGAGUCAUCACUUGGGGACUUUUAUCAGAUUUCGGGGAUUUAAACAACAGUUUCACACACGAGAAUAUAAAUGUGAUGUUAAGAAAAUAAAAUAAGAAUUGUAGCGGAAAUAAUAUCCCAGUAUCAUUAUUUUAUGGACAGAGACAGAUCCAAGCAGCGUGAUUGAUAAAAUAUGUUUUCUUCCGUAACGUGACCCAGAUUUCUAAACCUCCUCACCACCCGUCCAUCCUUCGCUCUUCAUCGCUGCCUCACUCAUCAAUUUCCUCGGCCUCUUCAUUAUCCUCCCCCUCCUCCGUAUUCCCAUCUCUCAGGCAUCUCGGCCCCCUCUCCACCGUCCAGUUGACCCUGUGCCCUGACCUCCCCGGGCCGGUCAGAUGCAGCUGUGACCGGCGGUCAGGAGGUUAAGGCAAAGGUUGAGCGUCACACCCACCGGGUCACAGCGAUGCCUGGCUGUUGUGUUAGCCUCUGAAUGGGGGGGGGGUCAGAGUGUCAGACGAGGUGACGAAGCCCUAACGCCCUGACUCUUGCCUGAGCUUGCCCUUUUUCCGAGCAGAGGUCACCGCAGAAGGUCUAAACUCCGCCGCCGCCCCCCCUCCCUUCCCUAUAUCUCCAUACCUCCAGGUCACCAUCGCUAUUGUUGUAAUAGCUGCCAUUAGAGCAGAUGAUACAAUUAUCAUUCCAUUUUGUGUUGCCUCUCCCUAAGAUCUAUGUUAAGCUUCUGAGUUCAUCAAAGGAUUUUUUUUUUUAGAUGACAUGAUUGUUGUAACCUCUGGUUGACUCUUAAGUCCAAGGAGACACAGUGAUGACGAAACGUCUUGUGGAAAGAAGUGACUCGAGGACUUUUAUCAUGAAUGGCUCAGUAAAUGUGCAUCUAUAGAGGUGCGGGUGGAUAUCUGCACGUUUUAUCUAAGGGAUGAUGAACUCUCACACAAACCCAGCGUUAAAUUUCCUUUUUAUCACCAGUAAAAUUUACUUCAGGUAUCUAAAUAAAAACAGCAUUUUACUUAUUUUAACUUCUGUGUAUUCUACUAGCGCAGUUUAAUCUGUAGCCAUGAUCAGUUUGUGAUUAUUUAUGUAAAAAAAAUCAUGUAAAAGAACAUUUCUGUCCAAUAAACUGGAGUAAAAAAAGGACACAAACCGUCUUUAAAAUGUAAGACAGCGUGAAAGUACAGUAUUAUUUUUCUUCUGAGUUUGGUGAUGAAUAAAAUAAUGGGACUGUGUCAGAAUGAAAAAGGUUUAGGACCCAGUACCAGUACUGCACUGUAUCCGGAAAAAAACCUGAAAUAUGCAGAAGAGAAGAUGCAGGUAUUACUAGAAAACUGUACUUGAUGUAAGUAAAGGAGAUAAAUUAUGCCAUUUAGUUUCUCAUUGUUUACACAGCAACAUAAAAUGCAUAAAACAACCCAGAAUAAAAGAAUAAAGUAUUAAAACUGAAAAUCAGACAGUCUUGCAAAAUAUAAAAUGCACCAGCAGUGAUAAAGAUCAGCUGCCUUCAGUGUAAUAUUUGUUUGUACUUGCUAUUAUUUAAUUACACGCUGUCUCCGAAGUGGAGUCUAAGCACGAAGUAUUGAAAUGAAUAAGACAUGUAAUUAUGUAGCUUUAUAACACUUGAACUCAAUGAACUGUUUCCGUUUCUUUUAAAUAAACUAAUAAAUAAAUAAAACCUUGGUUUAACCUCGA